AGUCGUCCAGGAGAAGCUGAGCUGAUCUCCACGCUGUCUUCUGAAGGACCUGGAGGACCUGGAGGACCUGGAGGAGCAUCAGCAGCAGCAGCAGCAGCAGCAGGAGGUCACUGAGAAGAAGAACAGCUGUCCACAGAGAGUGGAGACGAUGCAGCGGAGACGUGUCUUCAGUCAGGGAGCAGCAGCAGUGACUCUUUGUGUCCUGCUGUUCAUGGCGACUCAGCAGGUGUGUGCAGCUCCGCCCCCUCAGGUGAGGUCCAGCUCGGCCCACAGUCCAGACGGACGCGGUGUCCCCGCGGUGAGGAGAGUGGCUCGCAUGACUCCACUGUGGAGAAUCAUGAACAGUAAACCGUUCGGAGCUUAUUGUCAAAACAACUAUGAGUGUUCUACAGGAAUCUGCAGAGGUGGACACUGCUCCAACAGCCCGCGCUCGCUGUCUGAAAUCAUCAACGACUGAACGGACGUUAGCUAACGAACAACGAGAAAAACAUCAACAGGAAGUGCACGGACGUAGAAACUCUCCACCAGAUUAUAAUAAUGUCCACCAGAUUAUUAUAAUCUGGUGGAGAGUUUCUACACAGUGCUGCCCCCCACUGGUGUCUGUGGACACGUCGACACGCAACCAUUUAAUACGUGAAAUACCAAAAAGUGAUGAGCUAGUUUAGCUGUGGCGCUAACGUUAGCCUCGGGUGUGACACAGCUUUUUUUUUACGAUUUCUGAGGCGAGUGAAACAUAAACAGGGAGAGGAAUUCAAAAUACAUUUGUGUUUCCUUUCAGAUUAUUUUUAAAUCCCGUUCUAAUCUCAAAGUGUAAACAGAGAAGAACAAACUGACCCUGAACCUUUUUCCAGGAAAGAUACGACAAAGUCUGACGCCUGCGGGAGAUUAGCUACAAGGUUUUAUUAUCCACAGCCUGAUAUGAAGAGAAUUAUUAUUAUUAUUAUCAUUAUUAUUAUCAUUGUUAUUAGCUACUGUUUUCACAGCUGUUGUUGCUGAAAAAUCACCGAAACGAGAAAAUGUUCACAUUUAAGAAGCAGAAAAAAAUGAUGUCAUGAGAUGACGUUUCUGUGGUUAAAAAGAAACGAGGACAUAAUUCACGAGAAGUGAUUUCUGUGAUGUUUUAUUUAGUAUUUUUUCACUUUAAAUGUUUGUUUUGUGUCGGUGGAAGUUUCAGAAUAAUCCCUCACUGACUGGAGUCAUGUUUCAGCAGAAGUUUGUGCUUUUUAAUCUGCACACAUUCUUUUAUUUUGCACAUCAGAGUUCUCACACACACACACACACACACACACACUCUGCUCGUCCUUCUCUCUGCACUCAACAUGUUUGACUGAUGUUUGAGGACAUUUGCACUUUUUAAACCCAAAUUAUCUUUGUACUGUGUCCCAGUGUCCACUUGAUGGACUGUGUCCCAGUGUCCACUCGAUGAACCUGUGUUAGAGGUCAGAGCUGCAGGAAGUGGAAUAAAAGCAUUUCAACCA